AUGGGCGCGGGGUCGUCGUCGUCGAUCCACUCGGCGGACUUGCCGCAGCUGCUGUGCUGCGCGUGCGUGGAGCAGUCGACGGUGGCCAUGGAGGAGACGUGCGGGCGGUACGACACGGUGCUGCAGCCGGGCUGCCACUUCAUGCCCUGGUGCGUCGGCCGGAGGGUCGCCGGCUACCUCUCCCUCCGCGUGCAGCAGCUGGACGUCCGCUGCGAAACCAAGAGCAAGGACAACGUCUUCGUCACGGUGGUGGCAUCCGUGCAGUACCGCGCCAUCGCCGACAAGGCCUACGACGCCUUCUACCGACUCAGCAACGCCCGGGAGCAGAUUCAGUCCUACGUCUUCGACGUGAUCCGUGCGAGCGUGCCCAACAUGAACCUGGACCAGGUGUUCGAGCAGAAGAACGAGGUGGCGCGGGCCGUGGAGGAGGAGCUGGCCAAGGCCAUGACCAUGUACGGCUACGAGAUCGUGCAGACGCUCAUCGUCGACAUCGAGCCCGACGAGGUGGUGAAGCGCGCCAUGAACGACAUCAACGCCGCGGCGCGCCUGCGCGUGGCGGCGGCGGAGCGCGCGGAGGCCGACAAGAUACAGCAAGUGAAGCGCGCUGAGGGGGAGGCCGAGUCCAAGUACCUGGCCGGCGUGGGCGUCGCGCGCCAGCGGCAGGCCAUCGUGGAGGGCCUGCGCCGUUUCGUGCCCGACGAGAAGUCCGUCAUGGACAUGGUCCUCGCCACGCAGUACUUCGACACCAUCAGGGACAUUGGCGCGACGUCGCGCGCAGCCACUGUGUUCAUCCCGCACGGUCCCGCCGCAGUCCACGAUGUGGCUGCGCAGGUCCGCGACGGCGUGCUCCAGGCCGCGGCGUACGCUCCCGGCGCCGGAACCAAGUGA